GCUUUCCUACACUCCGCCUGCACCACAAGGCAGAGAUGCUGGGAAUCAGGGUGCAACACCUAGCAUUACACUGGGUUACCCCCCACCCAAGAGAAUAUCUCCUACUUUAGAUCCUAUGAGCAGACCCCCCACCGAGGACACCCCAGACACUCGACUUGCCAUACUCAGUCCCUUCGCAUCUUCUGAAGAUCCAUUUGAUAGCCCUAUGACUAUCCCCGACAGCACUGAAGAGUUGUUCGAGUCUCUUGUUUCUACGUCCUUUCCACCUUCCAGCAAGCCUCACGUCGAGACUUCUGCAGACAAUACUAGUAGCCUCAGAGAGCCUACCAUUGCAAAGGUUGAGACUGCUGCGAAGUCUAGCAUUGGCAUAUCAUCGUUUGGGGACGUAAAGACGCUAUCUCGGCCCUUCGUGGUGUCUGAGCCCAUUGGAAUCCCCUCUACAUCAACGGCUGAUUCUAGGGGAGCUCCGCUCACGCAGACGCAAUCUUUGCUCAUGACGGAACACAGUGAGGCCGACUCUCAAGCUGAUAUUUCGAAGCAGUCUAAAUUUGCAUCCCAACCUUCUGCACACACCGGAAGUGCUGAUCUAUAUAUCUCAGACCCUGUGAUGCCUUUAAAAGAGCAAGGUUCGAUCGCUGCUAAGACACCAGAAUCCGGUGCUGGCUUGGCAGUCAAGCCCCCAACUCUCGAUUCGCAUGAGACACCUACAAUCGCCAAACGAGUGGAGGCCGCACCAGUUGAUCACCAGUCGCCUGGACUCAUCACUGACAAGCCGAACGACGUUGCACAGAUGUCGCCCGCUCUCUUUCCAGAUAAUCAAAAGAUUGCAUUGCAAGGGAAUAACGAGCCCCCCACUCGCCAACACACGCCUCCUGAUAAUGCACUCCACGCCGAAUUCGGGACCCUGAGCAAGGCGUUCACCGGUGCUAGCCCGCUGAACGAGGCUACCGAGGUGUCGCAGACCAGUAUCCUCAACACCAAGUCGGAGGCGGGCCGACAUGGGAAACGUCUCAACGCCAGUUCAGUAGUUGGAGAUCGCCCUGGAUCUCUACGUUCUCCGGCGGCUGCAGUGUCACUCUCAGGACCAGCAAAAGUUAACACACCUGAUAUCUCCAAUGGCUCGUCAAUGUCAUCCGGAAAGGCGCUCGCUGAUCCCGAUCCCCACAAUUUGAGCAGUGAUGGCGAACAUAGCAGCCAGAGCGAUACAUACGGUGACGCAGAUGAGUCGCGGGACGAAUUAGGCGAGAACAUCAGCGAUGACAAGGAAGGACUUAGGAUAGAAGGAGAUCCCAGUGGGACUUUGACGUUGAGCGCAACUGCCCGAAAGCGAGACGUCGAGGUCGAACGCGAUUCUGAAGAGCGCAUGGUCACGACAAUCAGGGGGCACACGUUCAACGGUGAGCAGGGCAACAUCGAUCGGUCCGGCGCACAUCAUGAAAAGCAAUUUUCGCGUACAAGCCUGGUUCCCAAACCGCCACCUUCAGACCCCUCUUCAACACCGAAGCAGGUUGAACCGCUGACCUCAAUACCUACAAUGCAGAAUCGCAAUGCAAACGAUCAGACAUUGCCGACAGGGAAAGAUCCGCAGUCGAAACCAUCUAUGACGGAUUCGCCACUCAAGAAUGAAGCUCUCGGGAAGUUAGAUGGGAAAUCUAUGGCAGAAACUCGAGACCCAGUGAGUCAGCCCAACGCCAGAUCAUUGGAGGGUGGCCGGCAAGUGUUGCAGUCACAAGGCAACUUGCUAGCUGCUGAGAGCCCUUUGAUGAGCAAUGACUCAAAUCUUUCGAAGCCAAUGGAUACGACACGUCAUCAAGAACGGCGACUAGCAGUCAAUACCAGUCCUGACGACAAGCAUGCAAGAGUCUCAAUAGACGAGACUCCGGAGAAGAACAUAACAGGGAUCCAUGGGUCAUCCACUCUGGAGAUGGUCGAUCUCGUUCCUCUUCGUGACACAUUGAGAGAAGUGGCUGACCUCAUUUCGGGGCAAAUCCCCUAUGAGGAUCUGUCUUGGGGACGUGCGGUCCUUGCUCAGUUUGGAACACAGGUUAGGCCUUUGCUGGUUCAGUUUAUGGAGGAUUCCCCCAAGUGGAAGGGAUUCGUCGUUGCUGCGCCAUCGUGAAGUCUUGAAGCCCUCUCACGUACUAUCGUGUUCUUGAGUGAUUUGACAGUUUUCUUUUAAAUCGUGUAUAUUCUUCCGGCUUCGAGCUUUCAUGCAUUAUCUUCUCACACUC